AUGCCACCCGAAGGAAGCACGAGGGUUGGGAUACUGCUAGGUUGCCCAAGCCUAGACAGGGUAAUUCGGGAGGCAGAGGUCGGGUCCAAACCACGGCCCUUGCGGUCAGUAAAUUCGUGCUCUUACCAGUUGAACCAUUUCGGCAUUGAUAUGACUAUGAAAGACUCACUAUCAAUUUCUAAUGCCUUGCUCCUGAGGCGUUCGUUCACAUAUAUCGAAUACGCAGACGAUAUAGCUCUUCUUGGAUCUGGCUCCGUGGUAAUGCAAACAGUAGUAAAUAAUCUGAACAAAUCUGCCUCAUCGUUUGGUAUGCGCCUCACACCGCCAAAGUGUAAACUUCCCAGUGGUCUCAAGAAAAAUGAUAUUUCCAUCCGGAUUGGGAGGGCUAGAACAGCUCUUGUGAACCUGCGUCACACGUCAAGGGUCGAGUUUAGAAUGCUGCGGUGCGCUCCGUAUUACUCUACGAAUCAGAAACUUGACCGCUACGCGCUGAGGACCUCAAAAGUCCUUCAAUGUUUGUCUAUGGAUGUCUUCGGAGCAUUGCCCGGGUCUGCUGGGAACACCCGAUCAGCAAUGCUAAAGUGCAUUGAAUGGUUUUUGGAGGAAAUAACUCACCCACAUGAACUAAUCACACUCCAUGAGUUGCCUUGGUUUGGCCACGUGCUCCAUAUGCCAGUCCGACUCUUUCGAGGGGCUCCUUUUGACAACCACGUGAUUUGUGGGGAAGGUCAAACAAUGACUUUUCAGCAAAAUGUGGAAGCCAUUCGAUUACUGAGACCACAUCCCUAUCUUAACGUGCACACCGGGCUAUUUCUGAUGGACGAUGUGAAGCAAGCUUUAGAAAUCGAGUUGAAUCGGUUGAAAUUUUUGGUUGAAAAGUAUCGUCGUGAAAGACCAGUGGUAUGUUGUGCUCCAUCCCCACCACGUUGUUGUGACUACGAAUGUCAUCACGGAUGCACAACAGGUCACCAUUCUCUAAUUCAUGCCGACUGUGAUCAUCCUUACGGUCAUCGUCUGUGUCACAGCCCAUCAUGUUGCAAUAGGUCAUCAUGGUCAUCGAUUCGACCAACUGCCCCACUCUGGCCCGAAAAGAUUGAGGGAACCCCGCAUAAAAGUCGAGUUGUAGAUGAAAACGGGCCCACAGACUCCAUCGCCGUUUGCAGAGACUUGAUAGAGAGACGCAGAUUCCAGGAAGCAUUCCUCCGGUUACACGAAUUCUAUAGACAUUAUUAUCCGGCUGACGGUGAAGUCGUCAUUGAACUACGAGCUCUCCGUGCAGCUUACGAAUACACCGGAGGAUGCAAUCCUGCUCUGUGUGUUUCCCUGGAUCGUACAUUGGGUGAGGCGCUCAAAGUAGAUGCUGCUCGACGUCUAUGGGGGUCACAUUCGCGUGUAAAUGAAUUUGAUCGUCGCUAUUGGGAUAUCCCGUACUAUUCCGUAUCUGAUGCCGCAUUGAACACGACUCAUCGAGCCAGGGAUCUCGAAAGGAUUAAUCGUGAAUCUGACCGCAUUCGGGAUGAACUGGAAAGCUUGCGAGCAAAUCAGGAGGAGCGGGCGAAACAAUAUGCUCGAAUGAAUCCUCCGUGAACUGAACAAACGUGUCCCCGUCCUUCUGCAGAUAUCUAUUAUUAUUUUUGCUUUCCUGUAACUUAUUACUACAUUUUGUGCUAAUAGCUAAACUAUUUCGACA